GCAGCCAUCACAUCACCGCCUUCUGGACAAACUUUCAACGCCGUAUCUGGAAAGAUCACAGCCCCAACACCAUCUGCGCCUUCGGGGAUUGCGUCAACUGAUGGGGAGUACGCGGCAUCUGCCUGGGUCGGCAUCGAUGGGAAUACAUACAGCAGCGCCAUUCUCCUAACUGGUCUGGAUUUCACCGUAUCUACAAGCGGAGCAGUGUCAUACGAUGCUUGGUAUGAAUGGUAUCCAGACUAUGCUAUGGAUUUUGAUCUGGCUAUCUCUGCUGGCGAUGUCAUCUCCAUGUAUGUCAACGCCACGACCACCACUUCCGGCUCCGCGACCAUUGAGAACCUAACGACCGGGAAAACGGUCACAAAAUCACUCACAUCAACCUCAACCCUCGGGGGCGAGAAUGCCGAGUGGAUCGUCGAGGAUUUCGAAGAAGGCGACAGCUUGAUCGCUUUCGCUGAUUUCGGGAACGUCACCUUCACAAACUGCGUAGCAGCCACCUCGGAAUCAUCAGAGGGUGUGAGCACAGCGGUGGUCAUGGAAAUUGAGAAUACGGGUGGUGAGGUGCUAACAGAUACCAGCGUG